GAUUGGCAAGAGGAAGCAAGGAAGGAGGUUCUUGAUGUAUUUGGGAAUGAAGACCCCGACUUCGAUGGAAUCGCAAAGUUAAGGAUGAUCAGCAUGAUCAUGAACGAAGCUCUACGAUUAUACCCUCCUGUGAUAGGGUUCAGUCGAAAAGUCGACCAGCAACUUAGGCUAGGGAAACUUGUACUUCCUCCUAAUACUCAAGUCUUUAUAGCAAAUCUUAAGAUUCACCACGACCCCGAAAUUUGGGGAGAAGAUGUGCACCUCUUCAGACCAGAGCGAUUCUCAGAAGGCGUCUCUAAAGCCACCAACAACAACGCAGUGGUGUUCCUUCCCUUUGGCUUCGGGCCUCGAAUGUGUGUGGGGAUGAACUUUGCGAUGAAUGAGGCGAAAAUUGUCCUUUCGAUGAUUCUGCAGCGCUACACUUUCAUAUUGUCUCCAGGGUACAUCCAUAGUCCAGUACAAAUCCUCACGAUUCGCCCGCAACACGGACUUCAAGUUAUCCUUCAUCCAUUGUAGCUUGUUUAUCAGCAGAUAUGAUCUAGUUAACGUUGGGAUUUUGACAACCUAUAUUGAGUUUCCUAAAAGAAUAAUUGUUUAGCA